UUUUUUGUGGGUUUUGUUAAAUGUGGUAUGGUUAUAUCGGUUAUAUAUCUUGAAGUUUUUUUUGUUAUAUUUUUUAAUUAAUACUUAAAUGAAUUUUUUGUAAAAAAAAGUUAAAUACAAUAUGAUUUUUUCUUUAACAAUAUUUUAUAAGUCAAUUGUUUCAAUGAUUUGUCAAUAAGCAAAACAGAAACUUGGAAUUUGAAGAUAUAAAUGCCGUCAGAUUCAGCACAUUGAAGGUUUUAACAAAAGUUGAAAGAAAAAUAAAUAAUGGCCACUAUUUUAAGAUCUUAUAAGUAUGUCAAUUUCUUUAGUGGUUACCAUAUAAAACCAUUUCAAUCUUCAUCUAAAUUACAAUCUGCAUUGCGAUCAACUUCUGCAGUUAAAACAAAUGGAAAUAAUGCAGUACUAAGAAAUGUGUUUCUACCUGAUUCUGAUACAGAGUUAUCAAUUAUAGAACGUAUUAGAAGAAAAUAUUUCAUUAAAUAUUAUGCAACUUUCGAGGAUGUGUCAAAAUUAGUGACAAACAUUUAUAAUAACGCAAAUUUAAAUUAUCAAAUUAUAGAUAAUAUGAAAAACAGUGAUUUGAUAAUGUUAAUUCGUUGUUGUGGAAAUAAAAUGAAAUUUGAUAUGCCAGAACAGAGAUUAAAUGUUCUUGAUUUAUUAUGUCAAGUAUUUAAAUCAAAGGGUUUUCAAUUUGAUGUAAAUCAUUAUAAUGCAAUAAUUGAGGUAUAUUUGGAAAAUGAAAAGGAUUUUUCAGCAACUGACUUUUUAACGGAAAUGAUUAAUAAUAACGUUCAACCAAAUACACUUACAUAUGAGUAUUUAUUAACAUAUUAUUGUCAAAAAGGAAACGUUUCGGAUGCAAACAAAAUAUUGCACUAUUUUAAAGAGAAUGAAAUUCCAAUUAAUGAGAGGAUUUUUAGUGCAUUAAUAAUUGGUAAUGCAGAAGCAAAUGAUAUGAAUGGUGCACUAAAUAUUUUAAAUACAAUGAAAGUAAUGGGAUGUAUUCCUUCAUCUAAAGCCUAUUCUGCUCUUUUGUAUUCUUAUGCAAAAAAAGGUGAUAUUGAAAAUAUAAUGUCAACUCUAAAGACUUGUGAGCAAAAUAAUAUUAUUAUUGAUGAUGGUCACAUAAUUGAAAUAAUUUAUCAUUUAUCUGUAAAUGGACAUUCUGAACAUGUUGACAGGAUAAUCCCAUUGUUUUCUUGGAAACAAAUUUCAUCUAUCAUUCACAUUUUUAUUGCAAAGCUUUUACAUAAAAAACAAAUAAAUAUUGCUUAUCGGUUAAUAUCAGAGGCUAUUGAAAAAUGUGAUGAUAAUUCUAAAUUACCGUUAGCUUUUCAAUUUUUGAAGGUUAUUGGUAUAUGUAAAUUACCACUGGAAGAACUAAUCAAAUACCUGAAUUCGUUUGAACAAUUGAAUAUACCUGCCUACCAAACUGUAAUCUUUACUUGUUUUAUAAAAGAAAUUAACGAUUAUUGUAUUCCUUUCUUCAAAGCUUGGCAAGAAAGGGGUGGUUUAAUAAAAGAACACUUUUUUUGGCCUGUUCUGAAAAUUUGUGAAUCACAAAAGGAUUCUGAUAUUUUGGAAAUAGUCAAAGCAAUGAAGAAUGAUUUUAAUAUUGAACCUGGUGAAGAUACUUUAUAUAAUUUUAUUGUACCACAUGUAUUAUCUCAAGAUACACCAAACUUUGCAUUUAAAAAACUAAUAGAUGAUAUCCAAUUAUCUCCUAAAAUUGUUAUUGAUACAAUAUUACAUUAUGCAGUAUACCAUAAAAAUUCAUAUUUAAUUAAAAAGUGUCUUGAAUUUUCUUUUGACCGUAAUAUUAACUAUGAUAAAGAAAAGUUUUAUCAUCAUUUACAAUCAAAGGGAAACAUUGAGAACAUUGAUAUAUUACCAUACUCUUUUCUUUACAAGAUGGCAAAGAAAAUACCACGUCUUAAGCACUUAGAUUCAAUAUUUCUAUUAGAAAAAUAUUGUCAAGAAGAAAAUAUUUUAGAAGCUGAAAAUUUAAUGGAUAAAUUAAAAAGAUCUAAAAUUAAUGUUUGCUUUGAUAAAAUUUUAAAUUACUUUGAAUUACUUGUGAAAAAAGAUAGAAUUGAUGAUGGUUUCGAGAUACUUCAACAUUUUGUAGAAAAAAGAAAAGUAAUUAUUAGUAACGAUCAUGAAACUAUUGAAAAAGUACAAAAUGCUUUAAAUUUAUUAACCGAAAAAGGCUCUGUUGAUGGAAUUAAUAAAUUUAUUGAUAUUUUAAAAAAUAUCAAAUUAAAGAUAAAUAAAAAAAUUACAGAAUAUUUAAUUGAUGUACAUUUACAACAGAACAAUUUUGAUGAAUGUUUGGAAGUUCUUAAAAAAAUAAAACAAGAAUAUGGUUUUUAUACUCAUGACGAUAAAGUAAUGGAAGCUUGUAUUAAAGUUGAAGAUGUGAAUUCUCUACAACUCUUGACAAAUUUAUCAAAUUCUCAUUUAGGAUACACACAUACCUUAUUUAAUCUUUCUAUCGCAUUUCUUAAAAAUAAUCGUGAAAUCCAGAGUAAGCAAGUUUUAAAAUCAGGAAAGAUUAUUGGUAAUCGCGAAACAGCAGAAAUUUUAAGAAAUGUCAUCCAGAAGCUUUUGUUGAAAGACGAAUUUUCUGUGGUGAAAAAAUUUAUGCAAAUCACAAAAGGAGGGAGACUAGAUCGUGAACAAAUGUAUAAUUUAGUUCUUGAACGAUAUAGUGUAAUGAAUAACUGGGAGGAAGGUCUUAAAUUAAUUCAAGAAAUGAUGAUUGAAAAAAUAAGACCAUCAAAAUUGAUUUCAUUAAUGUUGGAAGAAUUAUUAAAAAGAAACGAUCAAUCUAUUCCUGAUUCAAUAAAAACAUAUAUCAAGAUUUACGAUGAAUCGAAGAAAAAUAAUAAUUAUGAUCAAAUAAUAAAACAGUAUAUUGAUAAUUAUCAAAUUCCUUCUUUUAAGUAUUUAAAUUUACUAUUGGAAAAUUCAGCUAAAAAUGGAGAUAUAAAAUCAAUUAAUUUAAUUCAUAAAACUUAUAAUAUUAUGGUUUACGAAAAUAUAGACAAAAGUAAUAUAUUCGAAUCUUUCGAAAAAUGCAAUCAAGUCAGUACCUAUCUUAACUACAUUAAUGAAGCAAUAAAGAAUGAUAACGAUAGACAAUUAAGUAAUAUUUCAAAGUCUUGUAAUUACAAAACUUUAAAAUGCUUUAUCAAAAAUCCAGAACAUUUUGAACAUUUUAAAUCAUUGGCAAUUAAACUUUAUAAAAAAAAUGAAUACUAUUACCAUCCUUUAUUAACUGUGAUCAGCUACGAGUGCUAUAAAAAUCCACAAAAUAUUUAUUCAAUGUUAAAAAAUUAUGGACUCAUGAAGAAAACUUAUUUUUCUUAUAAAUUUAUUACGAAUUCUCUUGUGGAAGCCGAAUGUUUUGAUAAACUACAAAAAGUUGCUGAAUUAUUUGAUUCGUCUACUUUUUUUAAUCAACAGUCAUUUUAUGAUGCAUUUUUACGAUCCUUUGACAAUAUAAAACAAUACAACAAGGGAUUCGAAAUACUAUUAAGAAAGGAAUUAUCAAAUAAAAGCAAAGAGAAUGAAGAAUUUGGCAAUGUUGAAGCUAAUCAAUUUCAAGCAACAGUGUAAAUAGUAACAAUUAAAUAUUUUUUAUGAUAAAAGUAAUCUAAGUCAAUAUUAAUUAUUUACUGGAAAGUAAAAAUUUAAACUACAAUUUUUUAAAUAAAAUAUUAAAAAUUAA